UUUUCAUCACAAGAAAAGCAAGCAGCUGAGAAAUUACUAAUUAGACUUUUUUUUCCUCACACCUCUUCUCAGUUCUCACACACCAACCAAACAAUCUUUCCUUUUAAUUUUCCCUUCACCGGAAACAAAUCACCGCCGGCAAGGUUCUACUGUAUUUCUCCGAUUUAAUGGUGUGAGAAAUAAAAGGUUUUAAACAUGGGGAAUUGCAACACGUGCGUAAAAUCAGACGUAGUCGACUCAAACCGAAAACCAACCGAGUCGAACCGGGGAGGAAGAAAAGGAAGAAAAACAAAACCGAACCCAUACACAGACGAAUCAAUCGGUUCAGGAGCAACGAUCCGAGUUCUAAAGGAAUCGAAUCAACGGAGCCGAAUCGGAGAUAAAUAUGUGUUGGGUCGUGAACUAGGUCGUGGUGAAUUCGGCAUAACUUAUCUCUGUACGGACAAAGAAACGAAGCAAGAGUUAGCUUGUAAAUCGAUUUCGAAACGGAAGUUGAGAACGGCGGUGGAUGUCGAAGACGUGCGUCGUGAGGUGGCGAUUAUGUCGACUUUGCCGGAGCAUCCUAACGUGGUGAAGUUGAAGGCUAGUUAUGAGGAUGAUGAGAAUGUUCAUCUUGUGAUGGAGUUGUGUGAAGGGGGUGAACUUUUUGAUAGGAUUGUUGCUAGAGGACAUUACAGUGAACGUGCUGCUGCACAUGUUGCGAGGACUAUUGCUGAGGUUGUUAGGAUGUGUCAUUCUAAUGGUGUUAUGCAUAGAGACCUUAAGCCUGAGAAUUUUCUUUUUGCUAAUAAGAAAGAAAAUUCUGUUCUUAAAGCCAUUGAUUUUGGUCUCUCUGUUUUCUUCAAGCCCGGGGAGAGAUUUUCGGAGAUUGUGGGGAGUCCUUACUAUAUGGCACCAGAGGUUUUGAAGAGGAGUUAUGGUCCAGAGGUUGAUGUGUGGAGUGCUGGGGUGAUUCUUUACAUUCUGUUAUGUGGGGUGCCUCCGUUUUGGGCUGAGACUGAACAAGGGGUUGCGCUGGCGAUUUUGAGGGGGGUACUUGACUUCAAGAGGGAGCCUUGGCCUCAAAUUUCUGACAGUGCUAAGAGCCUUGUGCGUCAGAUGUUGGAACCUGAUCCUAAAAAACGCUUGACGGCGGAACAGGUGCUUGAACAUCCCUGGCUACAAAAUGCAAAGAAAGCUUCGAAUGUUCCAUUAGGAGAUAUUGUGAGGACAAGGCUUAAACAGUUCUCUUUGAUGAACAGAUUCAAAAAGAGAGCUCUCCGGGUAAUUGCGGAACAUUUAUCUCUUGAAGAAGUAGAAAUAAUCAAAGACAUGUUUACAUUGAUGGAUACUGACAAAGAUGGCAGAAUAACAUAUGAGGAACUGAAGGCUGGUUUGCAGAAGGUUGGUUCACAACUGGCUGAGCCAGAGAUAAAGUUGCUGAUGGACGUGGCUGAUGUUGAUGGGAAUGGAGUGCUUGACUAUGGGGAGUUUGUAGCUGUGACAAUUCACUUGCAAAGAAUGGAGAAUGACGAGCAUUUCCGCAAAGCAUUCAAGUUUUUUGACAAAGAUGGGAGCGGCUAUAUUGAGUUAAGUGAACUAGAAGCAGCAUUAGCAGAUGACUUAGGAGAAACUGAUACUAAUGUACUGAAUGACAUCAUGCGAGAAGUUGACACUGACAAGGAUGGUCUCAUCAGUUAUGAGGAGUUUGUGGCCAUGAUGAAAACGGGAACCGAUUGGAGAAAAGCAUCCAGACAAUACUCUAGAGAGAGAUUCAAGAGCCUGAGCAUUAACUUGAUGAAGGAUGGCUCGCUUCAGCUUCAUGACGGGAUAAGUGGUCAAGCUGUUGUGGUUUGAGUAUAAAGUUAUUUCUUUCGUUAACAUUGGUGCUCACUCAGUUUCCCUUUUUCAUCCAUCCCUUACUAUUCUUGAAAGUAUGGUUUGUGUAAUCUCUCCUUAAAAGCAAUCAAGUUUUUGGAGUGUACUGAUUACCUUGAGUUGGAGUCGGGUGGGUUAGCUUAGGUUUCUCAGCUUGCUUGGUGUUGGAUGGUUGAAGCAUGCGUUGGAGGAUUGCAUAGUAAAGAUUGUUUUAUAACUUGUCAGUAAAAAAAUUGUGGAGGGUGGAGGCACAUGCUGUAGGCCUCCAAAUGUCAAAUAUAUAUAUUCAUUGUAUACUUAUGUUUUGAUAAUUUCAUUGAUAAAUAUGGUUUUUGUAACUUAUGGCCAGAAACCAGUCAUGGUUUGUCUGUCUAAGGCGCGAGCUUCUAAGAAAGUUUCAUUCUCUGCAAGUUAAAGCAGUUUUGGUUUUUGUCGCAGAGAUUAGUCCCGGUGUUUAGCCAAGGAAUGCUUGGGUUCAACCAAAAAUUUCACUUUGUAAACAAUGCAGGUUUCUUGGGUAUUUUUCUUUCUUUCUAUGUUA